GAGAGAGAGACUGAGCCAAAACUAGAACAGAAAGCGGAAAGAGAAACAGUCUUUCUUUUCUUUUCUCUCUCUACUUUCUUCCCUCUUUCAUGCAAAAUUUCUCUUCUCGUAACAACAUUUUCUCUUCUCCCAAACAGACCCUCUCGAGGUAUUUUCCAUUUCUUUUUAUAGUUUUAAUUAUUUUUUUGUUUUAAAAAUAGAGAAUCUUUGUGAUGUUGUGUGAGGAUUGAUCAUGGGAGACACAGAGAGUUGUAGUAGCAGAGCCGCUGAUUUUUCGUUGACUCAAAAUCGACAGCACAAACAGAAAGUUCAUACUUACAAUGAAGUUCUUCAUCGACUCAUGGACUUAAACGUGGCUGAGUCAACGAUUCCUGGUUUCGAGGAUGAACUCUGGGCUCAUUUUUAUCGUCUCCCUGCUGGGUAUGCACUGGAUGUCAAUGCGGAGAGGGCACAAGAUGUUCUUAUGCACAAAAAAUUACUCCAGUUGGCCCAUGACCCUGCUACUAGACCUGCAUUUGAAGUCCGUCCUGUCCUGGUUCAUUUGGCUUCUGAUCUAGGUGCACAAAGAAUAGUGGAAACGCCAUGGUCUUAUGCAAGAAAACAGAGCAUUCAACCUCAACAAGCCUUUGAUUUGUCACCUGACCUAAGACUUGCUUUUGAAGCCAACCAAUUCUCCAUUCAAAAGUUGGAUCAUACUAUGAAUUCUCGGCCAAUGCAUGAGAUUACAAUUUCCACAAAUGACAAACCGAAACUUUUUUGUCAGUUGACAUCUUUACUGUCUGAAGUUGGGUUGAACAUUCAAGAAGCACAUGCCUUUUCGACUAUAGAUGGCUACUCUUUGGAUGUUUUUCUUGUUGAUGGUUGGGCACUUGAGGAAACUGAGCAGCUUAAAGUUACACUAGCAAAGAAAAUACCAAGGAUUGAGCAUCCCAGGUUGAAUCAGUUUAUUUCUCCUGCUGGACAGCCAGAGACUGGAAUGAAGCUGAUAUUCAAUCAUGCCGAGAUCUGUAAUGAUGGAUCUGAAGUCAGGGAUUUGGAUCUACGCUUGUUAAAAUUUGAAAAGAAAAUUGCAACUGGAUCAUAUAGCGAUUUGUACAAAGGUACUUUCUAUAAUCAAGAUGUGGCUAUAAAAGUUUUUAGGACUGAACACCUUAACGAAACUAUUCAGAGGGAAUUUGCACAAGAAGUUGAUAUCAUGAGGAAAGUUCAGCACAAGAAUGUAGUCAAAUUUAUUGGGGCGAGCACCAAACCUCCAAGCCUGUGCAUCAUAACUGAAUUUAUGUCUGGUGGAAGCUUAUAUGACUUUCUGAAACAAAGUGGUGUUUUGCCACUUCAGUUCUUGCUCAGAGUGGCAAUUGAUGUUUCCAAUGGAAUGAAUUACUUGCACCAAAAUAAUAUAAUUCACAGAGACCUCAAAGCUGCUAAUCUUUUGAUGGAUGAAAAUGGAGUUGUUAAGGUUUCAGAUUUCGGUGUUGCUAGAGUGCAACCUGAGUCUGGCGUGAUGACUGCAGAAACAGGAACAUACCGUUGGAUGGCUCCUGAGGUCAUUGAACAUAGACCCUAUGAUCAGAAAGCUGAUGUUUUUAGCUUUGGGAUCAUGCUAUGGGAGCUACUAACAGGGAAGCUUCCUUACGAGAACUUAACCCCAUUACAAGCUGCGGUUGGCGUGGUUCACAAGGGCCUAAGGCCUACAAUUCACGAGCAUACUGAUCCAAUAUUAGUGGAACUCAUGGAAAGCUGCUGGCAGAAGGAACCAUCUUUAAGACCUCCAUUCUCAGAGAUUCUUGAGAUUUUGCAGUGCAUUUCCAAUAGGAUUAGUGAUCCGAGGGUAUGCAAGCAGAAGGAGAAGGCAUCACCUAUAAUCCCAGCUUUUAUGCAUGGUCGAGGGCCAAGUACCAAAUGAAGUAGGUUUCUGUAAUUACUUUCUUGUAAAAAUUUGCCUAGUAAAUUAGUCUAUCUUCUCUUGCAUUAACCCAUCGGGAAGUUGCUACUAUGUCCCCAAAAUUACACAAAUGUUGAGGACACAUAUGGUGUUAGGCACUAAUACCACAUCUAAUAUAAAGUAUUUACUAUGUGGUCUUUGUAACUUAAGAUUGAUCUGUAUUUGUGUGUGGUAUCUAACAACUCACGUCUUAUAAAAAUAUUAGUUCAAGUA